AACGUCAAUCGGUGGCGAGUUGAUUAUUUUUUAUAUUUUCCAUUAAAGUUUGUUGCGAUUUUUUAUUAACUUAUUUUUUUACAUGACCCCCACUCACUGGUAGCCAAAUUAGGCAUACAGCCGUGGUAUUCUUCGAUACGAAACGACUAGAAGGCGUGAAAAAGUGCAGAUAGUUUUUUAAAAAGUAAGAUUAAGUUGAAUUUUGCAAUUGCAUUUGGCGAAAUAAGUAGUUUGUGAACGGAAAAGUAUUAAACACAGUGGGAGUGUAUGCAUGCAGUGAAAAUUUGCAAGACUAGAGAAAAUAAAAGGUAGCAAAAAAAAACUACAACAACAAAUAGAUAACUAGUGAAGUGCUAUGACGUAGGACAGUGAAAAUUAAUUACACACGUACCUAUAUCUAUUAUAAAACAAAAGACUAAUAUUUGAUCAAAGAAAGAGUUGAAGCACAAAGCGGCACACGCCAAGACGUAUAGCUGGACAAGAGGACUCUAGAAACACGGAGACAACCAAUUAACUGCUUGCAUAUAUACGAUACUACUUUUGUACAUAUAACUAACUAUAUGUGCAGACAUAUGUACAAAGCAGCAGUCAUAUAAAUUUCCAAAAUUUAAGUAGAUUACACCAUAAUCCACACAGCCGACUGCCUACUGCAACGAUGUCCAAUCAAUCGGAGGUCGAUUAUGAUAAACAAUUCCAGGAGGAUUUGGCUAAAGCUACCGCUUUGAGUUUGGAGCAACAGGUGCUCGACGAUUGUCAUCGUGCCAAGAAGUAUGGCACUGCUGCGCAUUAUUACAGCGAACGCGCACAGACGCAAUCGCCUACCUUUCAACAACAACAACAUACACAUUCCCUACAACAGCGCCAGCAAUCGACCGAAUCGGCGAAAGCUUUCUAUGCGCAAUUGCGUACGCGCUACCAGCAAUCGCGCGGCAAUUCGAAUGACCUGGCCACAACGACGCCGCCAAUACCGCCGAGUCGUCGCCACUCGGAGGCGAAUAAUAAUAUCUCGUUGAAUGUGGCCGCUGUAACGGCCGCUUCACGUGAACGCUCCAAAACGCCACCAGCAACGCUGCCCGAAAACGAUCUCAUUUCAUUCUCCAGUCCCACCGCUAAGGAGGCGCAACCGAACACAUUGGAGAAAUUAAUAGAAGACUUGCAGAAGCUGCAAACAGCGACGCCACAAACGGCUUUGGUGCCAUUUGGUCCGGUCGCUGCCACGCCCAUUACACCCAUGCAUGCGGCAGCGAGUUAUCGACAACCGCCGCCACUGGCGGCCACGCCUCAACACAAUGCGGCCGCUUUGCAACACUAUGCGGCGGCAGCAGGUGGCGCUGCUGCUGCCAAUAGCAUGCAGUUGGUGCCUUUUACGCCGACGCAACAGCAGCAGAAAGUACCGUUAACCAGCGAAGGUUUGCAGAAACUCUACAAUAUGCCGUUACAGCAGCAGCAACAGCAGCAGCAGUAUUAUCAACAACAACAACAGCUGCAACAACAAUAUAUGGCAGCCAUCAUGCCGCCCGGUGUGGCAUAUACAGCGGCACAAGCGCGUGCCGGUUAUGUGCCUACAGUGGGUGGCUUUGCAGCGCCAACACAUGCUGCCAACUACACGCAGAGCGCGCCGGCAACAGCCGCAGCAGCUGCCGCUUUUACGCCACCACAAUUUCCGUCAACGGUUUCACCAUAUGGUUUUCAAUACGGCGUCAUGCCCGGCAACUCUACGCCCUACUAUGGCGCAGCGCAUAUGUCAGCAGCUCCAGCAUCAGCAGCAGCAGCAGCGGGCAAUAUCGCAGUCGCCGCGGCGCCUCUGCCGCUAGCCAAGUCGCAAUCUGCCGCCGCAGCGAUUGUGCCGAAUGGCAGUAAUGGCGGCGCUGCAGGUUUACGCCGUCAGACACCGCCUGCGCGCAAGCCACAACGCACCGGCAACGAUUUAAUCGAUCUUAGUCAGGAGGAUGAUUCGCGCGUCAGCGUGCUGGAGGCGUUCGAUCCAUUGCUCAAUGCCGAUGAAGAAGGUUGCGACGAUGACUCGGAUUGUACUUCCUACUAUGCCGAGUACGAUCCAUUUGAUUAUCUCUACAGUGGCGGCGGUACACAGUACUCAGAUCCCGUUUACGAGGCGGUUAAUAAGUUGGAGAAGAGCGCCGUCAGUCCAAAUGUAUCCUCCAUUGGUUGGCGCACGGAUUAUGUCAAUCGCGAUGAAAUGCUCAACAAUUUAUCGCGUUCGCCCGCCGCCGCCAGCCCCACACCCACGCAGUCGCAUGAAGCAACGCCUAGCGGUACACGCUCGCCACCACCACCGCUGCCGCCACGCAAUAGCGGCUCACGUUCACCACCAUUUCUGCCUGGACUCUAUCCUACGCUGAAGCGCGAGAGUUUCGGCAGUAGCAGUAGUAUAGCUGCGACAGCUGCUGCUGCUGCUGCUCCGAGCACUUCUACAAACUCGUUCUCGCGUCCCAGUGCAACGUUGGAUCGUCGAAAAACCACCGGUGCACGCUUGUAUGAAGUGGUCACCGAUCGUCGCACCGUUGAUCCCGAACUCUUGGAAUUCUAUUUUAUGGUUAAAGAGUUGCGUAUGCGUUACUUGUACAAUGAUAGACAGACUAAUCCGGGUCAUAUAAUUGCGUCGGAGUUCAACUAUCAUUAUCCUUUGGAGACGAGCAUUAAGAUUUUAGUGCAUCCUGCUUUGAAGGCGCUGCUGCCGAGCGCUGACUCGACGCGCUCUCAAGGACAGUUGAAGGGUUAUGGUGUACCGGUGGUGUUCACAUGUGAUAUUAAUACGGCUGUGGAAUUGGUCAUAGAUCAGGCAUUUUGCUCACUAGAGGGUCAGAUAAAUGGCACACCCAGUGAUUAUGUGGUGAAGCCCAUUGGUGUAUCGGAAUGGCUGUCGCCCACAUCGAAGCUUAGUCAGCUGGAAUGUGUGCAUAACAGCUUGAAACUGGAGCAGGAUGUGCAGUUGGGACUGUGCGUCAAGUCCGAGGAGAAUAUGCAGGUUAUUGCGCGUACGCAGGGAGAUGAUUUACGUGACGCUGAGCUGCGUGCCGAAGAUAUAUUGCCAAACGAAAUGGCGACCAUCAUCAAUUAUGACAAUAUGAUGAUAUUAAUAGAAACGCUUGAAAACGAAAUUGAUAAGCUGGAGUGCGUCGAUCCCAAUGCACGUGCUAUACUCUCCUGCUCGGGCGUUGUGCAGGCCGUGAAAGCUAUAUGUGCGCUGCUCGGCUCAAUUGACACACUCGAAAUCUCGGCUUGCAUAGCCGAUCUCAAACGCAUAUGCGAAGAGGGACAAGUGAAAUAUGCCUCGCACUCGAGCGAAACAAAUCCGGAGAUUGUUAGCGAACGCGGUGAUUACGCGGAGGUGCGUUUAGUACCACGCCCCAUGCUCGAUCAGAUCAAAUUGAAAUGCAAUCAGCUGCGUGAUGCCGUGCAAGAGCUCAUCGAGCUCUAUUCGAAUGUGUUCCGUGUGGGCUUCUCCGUGAAAUCGUUGGAUUACUCGACGACGCCCAUGCCCAUUUCGUGCGUACUCAAACCGAUUAUGCUCAGCGUGAAUUGCCUACAUCGUCCACCUCCCGAUUGGCGUUACGACGACUACUCGUUGGGUGUGCAAAUCAACUAUGGCACACGCUUCAUCUCCGAUCCCAUAGUCACGAAGUGUUCGAACGAUAUGAGUGGCGGCCUAUUUCCACGUCUAAAUUUCUCUUCGUGGCUUUCGUUCGAGAAGAAUGCAAUCUGUACGCUUCCACGUGAAUCGCGUCUGAUAUUUGUACUUUACGGCACACAGACGGCGGAGAAUGAGCAGAACACCGAUGCGAAUGGCGAACGUCGACAAGUGCCCACCGAGCUGGGUUGGUGCGCCAUACAGUUGUUCGAUCAUAAACGCGAAAUGAUUUGCGGCUCGUACUUGUUGUCGAUGUGGCCGCCGACGACGGAUAAGUUUUUGGGUCCUGCGCCGGCGCGGGGUUGCCAUCCACAACCGGAUCUGUGUCCGGUAUUAAGUAUAGAAGUACCACCUUAUGGCGGACGUAUACUGUUCCCGGAACCGUUGGAGCAGCCAACGCCAGCGCCGCGUUGCGAUUUCAAUUCGUUAGACGCAAAUUUACAGAAUGAACUUCUCGAUACUGCCGAACAGGGCUACUCCGGCGCUAAGGAUAAGCGUGAGGUGUUCUGGGAGAAACGCCUGUAUUUGCAGAGUUUCCCCUACGCCUUGCCGAAAGUGCUGCAUGCGGCGCAUAGUUGGGACUACGCCAGUCUUAUGGAUCUGCAUUCGCUGUUGCAUUCGUGGGCGCCGCUUUCACCGCUACAAGCGCUCGAAUUGCUGCUGCCACGCUACCCCGAUGCGAAGGUGCGUAAGAAGGCUGUCGAAUGGAUAUCCCAACUACCCAACGAUCAGCUGGUCGAUUAUCUGCCACAAUUGUUGCAAGCGCUCAAGCAUGACACCUACGAGGCAUCCGAUAUGGCAAACUUCUUGCUCUGCAAGUGUUUGGAAUCACCGCGCAUUGCUCAUCAUAUGUAUUGGUUACUCGUACACAGUUUGCCGGGUGAUGAUCCGCAGAACUCAAUUGAUGCUUCGUCUGGCGCGAACGAGUUGGAUGAUUCGUUGAUUACACAAGCUCGCUACUACCGACGGAACAAGAUGAUGUUGCGCGCGCUGCUGGCAGUGUGCGGUGAGCGGCUGUUGGCGCGUUUCCUCAGUCAGAAUAUUAUGUGCAAGAAUCUGGCAAGUCUAGCUGACUCAGUGAAGCAGGCUAAGGAGUCGUUGCGUCAGAAAACACUUUGCUUCGGCAUGGAAGUCGUGCAUCAACAGUUGAAUGACAAACCCACAUCACUGCCUCUGGGUCCCGAAUUGGAAGUGACCGGUGUUAAUGUACGCAGUUGCAGUUAUUUCAACUCAAAUACGCUGCCACUGAAAAUUUCCUAUAUCAACUCUGAUGCUGAAGUAUUACCAGCUAUUUUUAAGUCCGGUGACGAUCUGCAGCAGGACAUGCUUACCAUACAACUCAUACGUGUGAUGAAUAAAAUGUGGUUGGCCGAGGGUUUGGAUCUGAAAAUGGUCACUUUCAACUGCGUACCAACGGGCUUUAAGAAGGGUAUGAUCGAGCUGGUCUCCGAUGCGGAGACAUUACGUAAAAUACAAGUGGAAUAUGGCUUAACGGGCUCCUUCAAAGAUCGUCCGAUUGCUGAAUGGUUGGCCAAACAGAAUCCUAGUCAAUUGGAGUAUCAAAGGGCGGUGAAGAAUUUCACAGUUUCUUGCGCCGGCUACAGCGUUGCAACUUAUAUACUCGGCAUCUGUGAUCGUCACAAUGACAAUAUUAUGCUGAAGACUUCGGGUCAUCUGUUCCAUAUAGAUUUCGGCAAAUUUCUGGGCGAUGCACAAAUGUUUGGCAAUUUCAAAAGAGACCGCACACCGUUCGUACUAACCUCCGAUAUGGCGUAUGUGAUCAAUGGCGGCGAUAAACCCUCCACAGAUUUUCAUUAUUUUGUCGAUUUGUGUUGUCGUGCCUUCAAUAUCAUACGCAAACACGGUGAUCUCAUCCUACACAUGCUUGCUCUAAUGGCCACUGCCGGCAUACCGGGUGUAACAGCGGAUGCCGUGACUUAUGUGCGUGGUGCUCUGUUGCCCGAGCAGUCGAAUCCCGAGGCUGCCGCUUCAUUCGCCAAAAUGAUACAAUUCUCGCUGAAGAGUUGGUUCACACAAUUCAAUUUCUUCUUGCACAAUUUGGCGCAAAUGCGUUUCAGCAAUGAUGAGGGCAGCGGUGAGCUGCUCUCCUUUGUGCCGCGUAAAUAUACCAUGCAACAGGAUGGUCGUCUGAAGAGCGUUAUGGUGGUGCGCUGUCAGAAACAUUAUGACAUGGAAAAGUAUUACACCUAUAUUAUAUGUGUGACGCGUCACGGUCAAACCGAUCCCACACAUUUGUUCCGUUCAUACAAGGAAUUCACGGAGUUUCAUCAGAAAUUAUGUUUACACUUUCCGCUCGCGAAAUUGCACAGUUUACCAAGUGGCAUGCAUGUCGGCCGUUCGAAUGUAAAAUCGGUCGCUGAGCGUCGCCUUCCACAAAUACGACGUUUUCUCGUAUCGCUCUUCAAUUCAGCGGAUGAGAUUGCUCACUCGGAUUUGGUGUAUACAUUCUUCCAUCCCUUGUUGCGCGAUCAGCAAGAGGCUAAGUUGACGGUGUCUAAAGUUAGAGAAGUCAAGCAGCCUACACGUGAGAACCCUUACGAAGUUGGUCAGAUAAAAUUAUCAUUACAAUAUCGCCGUGAUGUCUUAACGGUGAUGAUUCAUCACGCCAAGGGUUUGACAAUGCUACAAGGCGGUCAAGAGCCGAACACUUAUGUCAAAUGCUAUCUCAAACCGGAUACGACCAAAGUGACGAAGCGCAAAACGAAAGUGGUGCGAAAGACCUGUGUGCCGAGCUUCAUGGAAACGCUCGAGUAUCGCAUGCCAUUGGAGUACAUACAAAAUCGCCUGCUGCACGUCACCGUCUGGUCACAUGACACACUGCAGGAAAACGAACUGCUGGGCGGCUUUCAGAUCGAUCUGAGUAAAUAUGAUUUGCGCAAAGAAUUGAUCGACUGGUUCCGUUUGGGACCGAUGACAAGGAAUUGAGGCACGCCAUGAAUAUAAAAUAUAAAUUCAAUAAGACAAAGUGAAAGUGAAUUUGUUAUAAUAACGGUACAUUGAAUGGUCGGCCAACUUAGCAGUUCUCCGCCACAGCAGAAAUAUGCAAAGAGUUUUGUGAAAACUAAUUGCAAGGCAACAGUAUUUCUUCCGCACACACAAACAUACAUACAUACAUAUAUAUAUAUAGACACCACUCAACAGGGAUGCCCAUUAGGGGUUGAGCAAAAGUUACAUAUAUUUGUAUGCGAUCUUAUAUAUAUAUAUAUCGAUCUAUACAUAUAUACAUACAAAGUAUAAAUACAAAGCAGCUUGGCAGCCAGUAAGCAGUGUAAUCGUGUUCUAAAAGAACUGUCUUUACACAAAUACAUACAUACAUACAUACAUAUACAUACAAAAUAUAAAAUAUAUUUUUAUAAAUAACUUUACUUAAAUGUAGCAUGUCUAAGCGGUAGCGGCUCGACGUUUUUCUCUCUGCGCAACGGCACUUAUGAAAUGGACAUUCCAAUUUAUGCAUAUAGAGUUAAGUGAAGAAAACAAAAAUCGAAACAAAAACAAAAAAUAUAACAAGAAAAUAACGGGAAGAACACAAAGAUUAUUAUGUUUAAGAACUUGAAAUGUCAACAAUAUUAAAUUUAAGCACAUUACGCAACUUUAUACACUUGCAAUGAGUUUUCGAAAUUCGAAAAUGUUGAAAAUUUACGUUUCGAAAAUCUAUUUUUGUAUCAAGAAAAACAUAUUUCAAGUAAUUGCUUAUUAAAAUUGAGAAAAGCUAUAAAAUUGUUUCAUAUAUAAUUUCGAAAAUCAAUUUUAAUAUUUUCGAAAUUAAAUUUCUAUAUGAAAAAUACUAUAUUUUUUCACGCAAAUGCUUUCUAAUAUUGGGAAAAUGCAUAAAAUAGUUUCAUAUAUAUUUCCGAGAAUGAUUAAAUUCGAAUUUCGAAAAUAUUAAAAUUAUUAUUCGAAAUGAAAUUUCUAGCAAUUGUUUUCUAUAUUUGAGGAAAUGCCUAAAACUAUUCAUAUAUAUUUUCUAAACUGACAAAAUUCGAAAAUUUAAAAAUUAAUAUUCGAAAGUAAAAUUUUGUAGGAAGAAAACAAUAUUCUUCAAGCAAAUUGAAUAAAAGCCUAAAACUGUCUCACGUAUAAUUUCGAAAAAGAUAAGAUUGGAAUUUCGAAAUUUUUAAUAUUAAUAUUUGAAAUUAUACUUCUAUAUUAAAAACACAAUAUUUUUCAAGCAAUUACUUUCUAUUCAUAAAAUGCAUAAAACUGUCUCACAUAUAAUUUCGAAAAUUAUUAAAUUCGAAUUUCGAAAUUAUAUUUCUAUAUAUACAUUCUAAAAUUGAGAAAAUGCAUAAAACAGUAGCAUAUAUAAUUUCGAAAAAGAUAAAAUUUAAUUUCGAAAAAGAGUUUCUUUAAGAAAAAGUAAAUUUUUAGCAAGUUUCUUCUAAAAUUAGUCUUAUAGAUAUAAUUGUAAUAUAUACCUGCAUAAUUUAAAGUUUAAAAUGUGCUUUAUUUAGUAUUAUUAAAAUUCGAAAUUGUUAAAAUUAACAUUUGGAAAGUGUAUUUUAAUUUAAAAAUAAUUAUUUUUGAUGCAAUUGUUUGCUAAAAUUUAUUAUAUGCAUGUAUAUUUCACAUUUUUGGCUCAAUAUUUAUUUUUAUAGAAACAUUUACUUAUAAAUUUAUUCGAACAUGUUAAAAUUUAAUUUCGAAAUUGUAUUUACAUAUUUAGAAAAUUAGUUUAAAGCAAUUGCUUGCACAUACAGAGUAUAUAUGAGCUAUUAUUGCAUACUUUUCGGCUCCCAAAUAGUUUUAUUUGUUAUUUUCUCUUAUAUAUAUAAAUUCGAAAAUGAUAAAUAAAAUUACUAAAAAUGUAUUUCUAUCAAAAUAAAUUUGUCUUAAAGCAACUGUUUAUGAAAUUAAGCAUACUUUCAGGCUCAAAUCAUGUUUUAUUUAAUAUUGUACUUUUUUAAUAUAAAUUUAUUAUAUCUUUUCGAAUUUCGAAAACUCAUUGCAAUUAUAUGCCUCUGGCAAACCUUGAUAACUAUUUAUUAAACAUCACUUCUUUUGUGGUUUUUUGUUGUAAUUUAAUUUUUUCGCAAAUUUACAUGGCACUUUAGACAAUUUAGAAAAAUAUUUGAAAAUUAAUUUACAAAAAUGUUUUCGAAAAAAUUUAUAUUUAUAACAGCAUCGAACAUUUUCGAAGAAUACUGCUAAAGCUUAAAUUCAAAUAAAUUUAAUAAAUUAAAAAAGAAAGUUAUAAAAUACUAAAAAUCACCCACAAUCAAACAUGAUUUACAUCAACAGUUACUUCUAUAAGGUUUUCCGAUAUAUUUAUUCUUACAUUUUUUUUUUUCAUUUUGCUUUAUCGACAACUUUAAGCAUUAACUCAUUAUUUAUAUAAAAACAACUCUACUUACGCUUUGUCUGCGCUCAAAAACUUAAUUAUGUAUUUCUUAUUAGCUAUAAUUACCACAAUCUUCCUUCCUUUAUGCUCCUUCCACUCACCCACUCACGCU